AUGCCUGAGGGUCGUCAGUCUCCCCCCCCUGAGCGCCAGACCGGUGCCCAGCAGCGUGACCCCCCUGCCUCCGGCAAGGGAACCGACGAUGCUUCCAACAAGGAGGAGGUCAACAAGCAGCAGCUCGAGAACCUUUCCUCAAACCCCAAGGGUCCCCUUGACGAUGCUGUCAAGGAGAAGUUUGCCAAGACUCAGUAA